CUUUCAAUCAGCGACAGGAUUAAGCGCUAAAGAGUGCCAAACAGCGCUCUCCAGAGAAUUCCUGGAAGCCCUGAAAGCGGAAAACUCCAAAGGCAUAGUGUCCAGGAUCUUUGGCAGAAGAGACUGAAAUAAAAUAAUGCUAUUGCGGGUGCUAGCAAGAGGUUUGUCCACUACGGUGGCCAAAGCGGUCUCAGAGGAGGCCCCUCCUCACCUUCCAGUCAUGGUUGACCUGGUUACUGAGCAUCUCCUUAUGUCUGAAGACAAAACCUUCAUUGAUAUGACUUUUGGCGCAGGGGGACACACCAGAAAAAUGUUCCAGAUUUGCCCUGAUGUGAAAGUCAUUUCUUUGGACAGAGACCCUUUGGCCUUCAACCAUGCCCAGCAGCUGUCUGCAGAAUACCCAUUGAACCUGACUCCUUUGCGUGGAAAGUUCAGCGAUCUUCCUAAGCUCUUGACCAACCUGGGAAUUCAGCCAGGAACUUUGGAUGGAAUGUUGUUCGACUUUGGUUGCUCCUCCAUGCAAAUGGAUCAAGGACACAGGGGUUUCGCUAUCAGCAAGGACGGGCCUCUUGACAUGCGGAUGGACAACAGCCCUGACAACCCAGAGCCAACAGCUGCAGAAAUUCUCGCUCAUAUUGAAGAGGAGGAACUUGCCAAAGUGCUUAAGGUGUACGGUGAAGAGAGGCUAGCCAAGAAAAUUGCGAGAGCCAUCGUGGAAGCCCGCUACGCAGGAAUUUUUAUGCGCACCACAAAGGAACUGAAAGAGCUGGUGGCUGAGGUGUGCGGACAGAAUCAUCGCCAGGACAAACUGCAGAGGCCCGCGCACUCAGCCACCAAAGUGUUCCAAGCGCUGCGCAUCCUUGUCAACAACGAGCUGAAUGAAAUCAACUAUGGAAUGCUGCUGGCUAGUCGUUACGUCAGGAAGGGCGGUCGGCUGGUCACCCUGACGUUCCACUCGCUGGAGGACACCAUUGUGAAGAGGCACCUAUUUGGCAAUGUCUCCGGUUUCCUGGCCAACAAAGUGGCGCCCAAGUUUGCUGAGCCACAGGAACAUGACACAUGCUGGAAGCAGGUGCACAAGCAUGUGAUUGUGCCAUCAGAGGAAGAGGUCAUGGACAACCCACGCAGUCGCUCGGCCAAGUUGAGGGUGGCGGAGAAAGUCAAGUAGACUCUUUAGAAGAAAAAUAGUGAUGACAGUUGUCUUUGAUGUUCAGCAAAAUAAUUAAACAAAAAUUUACCAGAAUUACAAAUUUUA